AUGAAAGUUGAACGAAAAAGAAAAAGUACAACCAACAUACCAAUAUCUAGUUUAGUAAAGGAUGAUGAUAAUCAAACAGAUAAAACACCAUUAAAGAAACAAAAGUCGAAUCAUGAUGAAAAGAAAAUAGUAGAUAAUACAGUUUGUGAAGAUACAAUAACAGAAACAACAACAACAACCACAACAAUUAAUAAUGAAAUUAGUAGAGAACAGUUUGUAAUAAAAUCAGUUUUUAGACAGAGAUAUCUGCUGCGUUUGAUCAUGGAGAAAGUCAAGGAGUUAUCGAAUAUCAGAGGUUUGGCACCGGUUACUUUUAUCACCAAAAUACUUAUCCCACACAAUAUUACUGCUAUUGCUCUGCCCUCAGAAUACAGACUAACUGGAAUCACUAAAGUACCGAAUCGUGUCAAUCCACUAUACGAUUUACCAGCGAACUCAAUGAGAUACAUGGAGAUCGAUAAUAUUAGUUGGAUGUGUCGCAAUAAAUACACCGCACUACUUCGUUACAAACUGGAGAGGAAUGAACCUCUCAGACUCACCGAUGUUCGAUCGAUCUAUAAAACGAUGGUCACCGACAAACAGCUGUUCAAACAACUGUACGAGCGAUACCCAAAGCAUUUCACCAAUUUAAUUCCAAAUCUCAUUGGAAAAGAUAUCACCAGAGACAUGUUGGAGUUCAUAAUGAAUGAUCUGGCACCUACUCCUGACAAUAUUAUCCAGAUCCUGCUCAACUUUAUCAGAGCGAAUAAUCUCGAGUUGGUUGAACUGAUGCUUACUUUUCGUGCUUUAACAGCACUACCGAACCAAGAAUUUGCAUUGGUUCAGUCGAGUAUCAAGUCAGGAUUGGCAAUGGUGAAACUUCUCACUCCACGAUUCCGAUCAUGUUAUAUAGUCCACUCUGACAACAAAGAAAUCUUUAUUAAUUUACUAGAAACCCAAGAUUUGGAAUUGAUUGAAUACUACAAAUCAAACUUUGGAUUGGUUAUCGAUCGAAAUGUUUUUGAAGAUUACCUCUUCAAUGCCAAUGUCACCAUUAAAGAGACAAGCAACCCGGAAACAAUUGAAAGAAACGAACAAACCAUUGCCAAAGUCGUAGAGAUUCUAAAUAGCAAGACAUCAAGUGUUGAUAUUAAUGAACGAUUGGAAGAGUUGGAACGAUCUAAAUAUGGAAAUGGAGGUGUACCCAUCACUGAAUCCGAUGUUAUCAAUAUGCGUGAAUAUAUGAUUCGAUACUAUCCGUUUGUUUUGUUGAACCAAGAACCUUUCUUGCCAGAAUCCGACCAACAACUUCCGAUUGUCGAAUACCUACAUGGGGAAUUGCAGGAUAGCUCCAUAAGACAGGCAUCAAAUAUAAUGACUUCACUCUUUUAUGCAAUCUCCAAUGGAUUGAAACAAAUCACCUAUUACAUAAUCAAUAACCUGGAUUUAACAAAAAACAUCACUUUCUUUCGUUUUGAAACAGCUAAAAACAAAUCUAUCAAUGCCGCCAUUCAAACGAAACAAUUUGACAUUGUCGAUUUGAUAUUCAGCAAGUGGAGAACAAUACUCAAAGAACAAGAACUACUCAAUUUUAUCAGAUCAUCCGAUUCAUUCGCAGCACUCCAAUUGUUAAUCAAACACUUCCCAAGUGUUACAUUGAACUCUAAAUUCCAUUGUACCAAGGUUGGCUACAUGUUGGACAAUCUUCAAGCCGAGGAAUUUGAAAUCGAAUGUGACAACAUUGACAAGAAUCUAGACUUUACAAGAUGUGGACAAGUCGGACUGACAACUAUCAUCACCGCCUAUCUCAACUACAAAAAAGAUCGAUUCAAUACCAAAAACUUGGAAGCUGCUUUGUAUGGUGCCGCUCAUUAUAACCAUUUGGCAUUCCUCCAAGAAGUUCACAAAUUGUUGCCCGACUAUCGAUUCAAAAUGACUUCUCUCAUUCGUGGUUCCCAAAGUGAUAUUGAACACACCAUUUAUCGAGACCAAUCAGAGAUACGUAGAUUUAGAGAUGGCAAAGUUGGAAAAGAUGGAGAGAUUUCACUUGUUAAACUCUACCUGGAGUUAAACAAAGAUGAUUAUGACGCAGAUAAGAUUGCAUCAUCAUGUCUUGGUGCUAUGGAGGGUUCAAAUAUUACAUUUCUCAAGGAAAUCAAAAAGUUUUUGCCAGAUUUCGUCUUUGAAAUCUAUAAGUAA